AUGGCCAGCGAGCAGGAGGUGAUCACCGAGCUGAUGGCGAAGGGCAACGUCGUCAUCCGACCGGUGCAGGACAUCAUGAAGGGGCUGAAGCGUUUCGUGGACGUCAUGAAGGAACCCUUCUCCACCGAGUUCGAGUACGAGGACGCACUGCCUGAAGAACCUGCUCCUGGUGGCGCGCCUGAUCCUCAACCAGGACUUUCAGAAGCACAACCUGCGCACGAGUGGGAAGAUUCGCUCCAGGACGCGAUGGACGCUUGGUCAGAACGACUUUCAGCAAGGGACCAGGCCUCGAGGAGGAGAACGUCGAGGAGCAGGUCAGCCGAGCGAGCGCCAGCGAGGACCACCGUCCAGGAGCAGAUCGCGAAGUGGCAGCAGAUGGCGUCUGCCAAUGCAGCUCGGCGUUUGGAAGGACUUCCCAAACUGCAACGGAUGCCAGAAAGCAUCCAGCACGGUGAGACCCCGGACACUUGGGAGCUCGACACUGAGAAUCGCGUGCUGAUCCGGCGCCGCAACUCCUGGAGAAGUCGGAUGUUCGUACCGACCUCUUUGGCUUCCUGUCCUGUGCCGGCGGACCAGUUCACAGGCAAGCGAGUCACGAAGUGGUUGGAUCCUCAAGGAGGUGUUGGAAGCUUCGUCGACAAGUGGAUCAGCGCAAGGGCACCGGCCGACAGAGUGUACAUGAAGAAAUGGAAAGGAAGCACUCAUGUCGAGUACAAAGAGGGCUACGACGUCUUGGCGCCCAAGCGCAAGGAGUUCGAGGAACCGCCGGAGCCGACUACGAAGAAGAAGCGGGCGACAAGUGAGUCAAAGGAAAGGCGGGGCCGAGACAAACCAGAAUCAUCGACUUCUUCAACUCCAUCCGCGACGCCUGGGGCAACUACCUCACAACAACCAGCAGCAGCAGCUGAUUUAGGAGACAGACCAGAAUCAGCGACUUCAUCAACUCCAUCCGCGACGCCUGGGGCCUCUAGCGACUUUAGACCAGAAGUGUUUAGCCUGACCGAGGCAGACAAGUCGGCCAACCUUGACAACGAGACCAUCAUGCUUGUCAAGAAGCGGAUAGAGCAGCUCCAGAAUGACACGGACCAGGGCAUCAAGUUGAACAGCCUCCGUUUGGAAAUACACCGACUGCGCCAGGAAGAGAAGGACCUCAUCAAGGCGAUCCGUCGGGCUUGCGAGAACCAGGAGGAGGCGAUGGUCAUAGAGUUCGACGUGGAUGACCUGCAGGCAUGCGUAGCUUCAGGAGCGACCUACGCCAAGAACAAGAUGGCAAGCAACAAGGAGGUCAACUACCGGAAGCUCGGACGUGCGGACCGCAAGCGCAUGGACGAGGCCAUGGCGAGAGAGAUCUCGGAAGAGGAAGUCAAGGAUCGCAUUAUCCCAAUGCGAUGGAUCCUGACAUGGAAACCGGUUCCAGACGGACAACCGCCAACAAGUUCCGAGAACGAGGUCAGCAGCGCCGACGGCAAGUCCAAGGCAAAGGCGCGCGUGGUGCUCAUCGGGUACAAGCGCCCGGACCUUGCGAGGAGGAAUACAAGGACAGGGCAGCCAGAACUUCUCACCGCCUCACCUACUCUGAGUCGACUUGGUCGGAACAUGCUGCUUCAAGCAGCAGCCUUCGACAAGCGCACCAUCGAGUGUGCUGAUGCCAAAUCGGCAUUUUUACAAGCCAGCUGUUCGCCCGGGGAGUUCCCGAGUUGGCAAUGGCCUUGGGACUGGCCCCAGGGGCUUUGA